GGUUUUUAUGCCUAAACUAUUUUUGCGCAUGACAUGUCAGGAUUCAUGUCAUUUUCUAAGUGUCAGAAUUAUUCUGUGAACACCCUUACGUGUUUUUUCUAACUCGUGUGUUAUUUUAUUGCUCAUUGUAAUCAUUGUAAUUUCCUCUGAUGGCUUUAUCUGCUGUUUUCGUCAUGCAAUGUCAGUAUCACCUGUAACACCAUACUUUAUUGGAUUUUCCAAAUAAAUAUGUCAAUACAAGGCCGACUGAUAUCAACAAACGUAGAGGAGGUUAUAUUGUCAGUCUGCCAUUUAAAAUACUAAAUAAAAUUUACAACAUCAGUAACAAGUUUUAUAAGAACAAUAAAUAAACGUUUAUAUAAUUUUUUGAAUAUGGUGUAAAGCUGUUGAUAAAUAUUACAAAAUGAUAAUGGAAGGGAAUGAAAUAGUAAUUGACAAGACUGCAGAAUCUGAGGAAAAUGAGAAUUUGGAAAAUAAGAAAUUUUCAUUUGAACCUCAACUAAUUGACAAAGUUGAAACAUGUAAUGAAGAUUUAGAAAACAAAGAUUUUUCUGUUGAACUUGAAGGUUUUCCAUACAUAUUAAAAUAUAUUAAAAAGCUUCAAGAGCAAAUAAAAGUACAAAAAAAUACAAUAGUUAAGUUAACUGUAGUAUUAGAAAACAAAGAAAUUCAAUGUGAUUUGUCAGACAAAAGCCUUGUAGAUAAUCACACACAGACAGAUUUGCCAAGAGACAAAUCACCUCAAGACUGGGUAAUCAGCAAUUCCAAGGAAGCAGGUACUUUAGCUGACCAAGUAAAAGAGGCUGCUGAAUCAGCUAUAUUGCAGACUGGUUUUGUCUACGAAAAAACCACAGGUUUAUAUUAUCAUUAUGAGUCUGGAUAUUAUUAUGAUCCAAAAUCUGGAUUAUAUUAUGAUGGAAACUCCGGAACUUAUUAUUACUAUGAUGAGGGUUCAAAGUCUUACAAAUUUCACAGUCAAAUUUCAAGAGAGUCAGCUGAACCUAUGGACAUAUCUCCUAGCAUCAUAAAGGAAAAAAAUAACAGACAAAAGAAUAAGGACAGGACCAAAAAAAUCAAGCUGAGCAAGGAAGCUAAAGAGAAAGAUGUCAUUGAAGUUGAAGAAGGAGAAUGUUCAGAUAGUGAUAAUGAGAGUAGUUCAAGUUCUGUAGAAGUAAUUACUAUUGGCUCCCCUGAAAAUAAUAAUGAAGAUAUUGCUAAAGAUUACCCUCCCUGCAUGCGGAUUAUUGUGAAAGAAACACAAAUAUCUAAACUCAAGAUUGGAACAUUGUUUCUCGUAACGUGCAUUGGUGGUUCUAUCGGUCGAGAAGGCGAUCAUCCGGUCUUGUUACGGGAUAUAAACAUAAGCAAAUAUCACGCGAAACUGCAAUAUAACGCAGAAAAGAGGCUUUACGAAAUCAUCGAUCUUGGUUCGCGCAACGGCACGUUAGUUAACGGUAAAAGAAUCUCCGCGGCGAAGCAAGAAUCCGAAGCAAUGGAAAUCGUUCAUGGUGCAAUUAUCCAAUUAGGCAGUACAAAACUAUUGUGUCACAUUCACAAAGGCAGUGAGACCUGCGGUCAUUGUGAACCAGGCUUAUUACAAACGACUAUUUCGGCUGAGCCAACGUAUCGCUCGACUAAAGCCGAACAUGAAUCUGAACGAAAGAGGAUAAAGCAAAAAUACGGCCUGGAAGAGGAUAAUAUCGACGAAGCGAGUCGCGUAGCUAUGGGAUACCAGGACCGAGCGCAGUCAAGGAGGAACAAUGUCGGCUCGACGUGUCAAUUCGCAAAAACUCAGCAGAGCUCUCUGAAUGAAUCGAUAUCAAAGGAUAAUCCAGGUUUUAAAAUGCUAGCAAAGAUGGGUUGGACCGAAGGCACGUCUCUCGGCAAAAGUGGCACCGGUCUCACAGAACCAGUGCCGCUGCUGCAGAAGGUCGAUAAAGCCGGUUUGGGCGCCAGUCAAUCUGCCUGCCCCGCCGCCGACGACGAAAGCGAUCUUCACUUGGUCGAGAAGAAACAGGUCAUCUGGAAGAAAACUCAGCAACGCUACGAUGAGAUUGCCAAGUGAUAUAUAUAUACACACAUACGUGUAUUUGUUCUCGAUAUGCACGACGACGUUCGCCUUAUUGCGACGCGUUCUAAUCAUGUUUGCGUACAAGAACACUUGAUCUCCUUUUUAUACUACGCAAUCAAUUUUUUCCCUUUUCUCUGUUAAUAAAUAUUGUUAACGGA